AAAGCAACAGCAAUUAAGCCGGCUUUAAGUGGGUUUAAGCUUUCCGCAGAUUGCCACCGGGGUGCGGCGUUGGAAAUUAAAGCAAAAAAAUACCUUGGAGAGCAACGUCGCGCGCGGAAGCAAAGCCAUGCACGGCUAGGCGGAGGCGCAUAGCCAGCGAGACACCGAUUUAUCCGGGGAGAGAGAGGGGGAGGGUGGCGGAGAUGGGGGGAAAGAAGAAGCAAGGCUGGUGAAGGCCAGGUCGGAUUCAUCGGGUAACCGCACAUGCAGCCAGCUCGUCUACCGAAGCGCUGCUUUUCGGGGCUAAGGCAUUUGGCACCCGAAGGAGAGGCUUUGUGCAUAAAGCAGGAUGCGCUGCUGGGAUUUGGACAGAACGGUCUGAGUAUCAAAUGCGGAUGCAACUGAGCUCAACAGCAAGUUAACUUUGCCGUGCUUCCGAAUCCUUUAUCCGAAGCAGCAUGGGGACUACUGAGGCCACCCUGCGUAUGGAAAACGUGGAUGUGAAAGAGGAAUGGCAAGAUGAAGACUUCCCCAGACCUCUCCCCGAAGAGGCAGGAAUGGAGUCAUUGGGAAGCCCAGCUGAAGAUGCCCUCGCUCCUCCGAACACGUUAAAUUUUAGUAACGGGGCACAUCACAAGCGGAAGACGCUCGUCGCCCCGGAAAUCAACAUUUCCUUGGACCAGAGUGAAGGCUCUCUCCUUUCAGACGAUUUCCUGGACACUCCGGACGACCUAGACAUCAAUGUCGAUGACAUUGAAACCCCAGACGAGACCGAUUCCCUUGAGUUCCUCGGGAACGGGAAUGAACUGGAAUGGGAGGACGAUACUCCUGUGGCCACAGCCAAAAACAUGCCGGGAGACAGCGCGGACUUAUUUGGAGAUGGAGCCGGGGAAGGGGCCAGCGCCACAAACGGCCGCCUGUGGAGAACGGUCAUCAUUGGGGAACAGGAACACCGAAUUGACCUGCAGAUGAUCAAACCGUACAUGAAAGUGGUGACACACGGAGGUUAUUACGGGGAAGGACUCAACGCCAUCAUCGUCUUUGCUGCCUGCUACCUGCCGGACAGCAGCCUGCCCGAUUAUCAUUACAUCAUGGAGAACCUAUUCUUGUAUGUGAUAAGCAGCUUGGAGUUGCUAGUGGCAGAGGAUUAUAUGAUUGUAUACAUGAACGGUGCCACGCCACGCCGAAGAAUGCCCGGGAUCGGCUGGCUGAAAAAAUGCUACCAAAUGAUAGACAGAAGGUUGCGGAAAAACCUGAAAGCACUGAUAAUCGUUCACCCGUCGUGGUUCAUUCGAACGGUCCUGGCUAUAUCGAGGCCGUUCAUCAGUGUGAAAUUCAUCAACAAAAUCCAGUACGUUCACACCUUGGAGGAGCUAUCGCAGGCCAUCCCCAUGGAGCAUGUCCAGAUUCCGGACUGUAUCCUACAGUUUGAAGAAGAGCGGAACAGAGCAAGAAAAGAAACGGUGGAAGAGAAACAAGACACAACGGUGAGAGAGAGGCCUACAUUGCCAGCAGAGGAUCAGGAAACAAGCAUGUCCUGAAUCAAGGCAAGAACACACAGACCUAAAGAACGACCCAGAACGAUGCAUUACCCACUGUAAAAUGACCUUCCUGGUGUUAAGACCACCUCAUCCUCCGUUCCAUCCAACCAAGGAACCAGCCUUUCCGUCUUUGCCCAAAAGGGAUUCCAUUGCACGCAAGAGAUUCACUGAACGAACAGCACUUUCCAGCAAAGGCUCCGAAUGGCAAACCCCAUUGCCGAGAGAUGCGAGCAGCUUCCAUCUUUAAAAAGCAACAACGUUGGGAUAUUACAAAAUCCAGCCUAAAAUGUAGAACUCUGGUUUAUACAUCGCAAGGCUCCUCUGUUUGGUUGCUGCAGGUCAGCAUAGCGACAUCAGGAUGGGAAAGCACACAUCCAUUCUUAAAUUUCUUGCCGGACGCGUUUGAAAGGAAACUGUUGCUCUGUGCAUUCAUUGGGUCAGGAAGAACUGCGGAAGCAAACUUUCGUCCCCUUCUGAAGUUUGUGCAUGCCUGUUCCAGUAUAGAUACAGAGCACCUACCUGCUUUUUGCCUCAUCUGUUUCCCAAAUGCAGCCCUGGCACUAUUUUUUUUACCACUUGAGCUCAUGGUGAAGUCUCACGCGGGAAAUGAUGUACAGAUCGCUUUUAUUUGUCACAUCCUCUCUCUCCUGAAUGGUUCUGUCCCCGAAUCUUGGGCACCAGAUAUCGCAAGUAUCGUGCCCAUUCAUAUAUACUAUUCAAGAUACCAUGCCCAUUCAUAUACACUAUUCAAGAUACCAUGCCCAUUCAUACACUAGUCAGUGGAAAGGUGACGGUUUUAGUCACUUUCAGAACACUGGACAAUCUCCUCCCCCCCGAAUUCUGCCUCCAAACCUCUGAGGCAAGAUGGAGGCACAUGAAAACACAGUCCACAUCUCAAACAAGAAGGGGUAAAUUGAGUCAGAUGGUCAGAUUAGAAAGUGAGCACAUUUAGAACAGGAAAAUGAAUGCGCCACAUACAUAUACCCAUCUUCCGCCCUAAUGAACAUGGGAGUGGCUCCCAUUUUAUCCUAGAAAAACAAACAAACCCAACCCAGCAAGACAUUUAGGUUAGGUUGAAAGAUCACAGCCGAGUAGAAAUUUGAACCCAGGUCUCUGUGCUUAGAAUCACGUGAUCCACUUCCCUCACUGGACUUUGCAGGGCAGGAAGGCAAUUUGUUCAAACACACAAAAUCCUGGGAUCAGGAGGAAAGGUACCGCAUGAGCGCCCAUGCACACACUUAGAUUUAAUCUAUGCACUUAAAUGUGACCCAGUCAUUUCGAUCCGAGAAGAACAGAAAACCCUGAAGUCCACAUUCAGAUAGUUGCUGUUUUGGUUGUUCCACACUAGAGGGCAGCAGUGGCAGAAUUACAUGUACAAGCUUGGUUCCCCCGGGAAUCUUCCAAAUGCCAGCACAACAAAAGGCUUCCUCUGCUUUUGUGUGUCUGCAGAGGAGCGUGGAACAGCUGGCUUGCUCGUUUUUUUCUUCUCAUUUGAUACAUGACACCUAACCCUGAACAAGUAACCAGAAGAGCUUGCGACAUAAUGGGGAUCAAUUGCUUUAAAAGACCGGUCUGCUUCGUUUGCGAAAGAAAGGAAUCUAGCCCUAUCUGCAGAAGCUUUGGGAAUGUCUUCUUUGCAUAGCAGAAUGCGUGACAUCCUGAACACUUCAAUCAUACCUCUCUACUGACAAUGGAAGUAGAAUCUACACCCCACAGUGCCCUAUGGGGGGGUCACCUUACGAGCAGAUGUGUUCACAACUGCAAUGAUCAAACAUCUGGGAAAUGUAUGGUUCGCAAUCAUGUCUAAAAACUUCUCUCUCAUGCAUGGAGGAUUUAUAAAAGCAAAAAAAAGCUGCAAAGACAUCUAUCAGUUUGGAUAUGAAAUAGUUUCAACUGGAUUUUUUGAAAGUGCAUUUUAAGCUGCUUUCUGCGGGGAGGGAGGGGGAGAGAACAUGAGUUCUGUUAGCUGACACGUGUACUGCAUUGAGGAGCAUUUAUGUGCUCUUCCACCAUUCUACAAAGAGAAAUGUGGAAAGUACUGGCAGUCUCCAAAGAGACGCCUCCAGGACCACAGAUUUGCACAUCCUUCUCCGGAAACAAAUGGGGUAACAAUCAAAGCCGUCUUAAGCAUAUCUGGUGCCGUGGUGCAAAGCUCCCUCUGGCACUCCUCCCCCCCCGAGUUUUUUAGGGAGGACAGCGCUGCCGGCGGGGCUGGAGGAGGCAGGCAGCAGCUGGAAGGUGGCUCCUCCAGUGUGGAAGAGGCAGAGGCUGGACGCAGCGCCUCCCGGCUCAGCUGGCCGCUUCAUGCCAUGGUGGCCACGGCAGACGGAGGCUCCGGGCACGGUGCUGCUUCAGCGUAGCAUGGCGAAGGCGGUCGAUGGUGGCGAGCUGAUGCCGGGAGGUGCCAUGCCUAGCCUCUGCUUUUUCCCUGGCGCCCUCCAGAACUUGGCACCCUGGCGCCCCGCACCACUAGCCUCUAUGGAUAUGACGCCCCUGGUGACAAUUCUUUGUGAUAUCUUUGCCGGUUUCUCUAUGCUUGGUUUUAAAAGGAUGUGUUUGCCUUGCAAUCUUGGGCACCAGAGGGAAGAAUACGGGACUGCUUGGUUUUAAAGCUGGGAUAGGUAAUCUGUGGCGCUGCAGGUGUUGGGACUACAUAUCCCAUCAUCCUUGACCAUUGCCCAAGUUGGCUAAAGCUGUUGGGACUUCCAGCCCAACAUCAUCUGGAGGGUCAAGUUUUCCCUUAUCCCUGGGUUACUCUUAAAGAGGAGGACAUGUGAAACGAGAGAGGUUUGGGGAAAUGGCCUUAAUCACAUCUACUAUCAUAGUCUGUAAUGGUUAAAUCUCGUUCUUGUGUAACUCCCCUCUCCUCCUCCUCCUAAUUUAUUCCUCACAACAACCCUGAGAGGUAGGUUUCUGCUGCUCUACCAUAAAAUGGAAAAUGGUGUACUAUUUUAGAGCAUACCUCAGUACAAUUCCUAACCUCUCAUUCCUUCCUCUUGCCUCAAACACUUACAGGUGUGAUGUAUAUGUCAGAGGAGAGAGAAAAAUCAAUGUUCGACAUUUACAAAUGUAAAUACAUGUGGGGUUUUUUUGAAUAUUCCUUGUAACAGAGCAUGCCACUAUCGAAGUGAAGUUUCCCGUCAUCAAGACCGGGCACAAAACAGCACACACCUACAAUUUCCCUGUGUUUAAAAGUGGAGCUCCGCCAUCCGAAAACAUUCUUGUAAAACUGCGAGGACGUAUUAAGUCCUCCACCCCUGUCCUAAUGUGUUUCGUAUUUAGGUGAUUUAACUCUAGGAAAUACAGUUUGCUGUUAACGGCGUGUGGCGACGGUCAUUUUUCUUGCUAUGAAACCAAGAAAACCUGUGGAUAUUUCAUUAAAAACGCCAAGUCUUCAACAAGAAAUAUGUCUGUUGUAUUUAAAGUCAUAAAAAUUGUUUGUUUGGUGUUUUUUUUUAAAAAAAAAUCUGCCAUACUUCCCUAGGUAGCAGGAGUUU